UCAUAAUUUCCAAAAUUCUCAUGGAUAUGCACCUCCUUAUGCUCCACCUCCUAGAAGAAAUCUUGAGGAAACAUUGCAUGCAUUUAUGGAAAAGCAAGAGGCAAUUAACACUCAACUUGCUCAAAGCAUGACAGAUUUUAAAGAUACUCUUGCAAAAUUGACAUCUGCUCUCAGUUUCCAAGAGAAAGGUAAGUUUCCAUCUCAACCACAACAAAAUCCAAAGGGGCAAUACAAUGUGAAUGCAAGUAGUUCGGGAAGCCAACACAUGGAUCAUGUAAAAUCAGUCAUCACUCUUCGCAGUGGUAAGGUUAUUGAAAAACCCAUUCUUGAACCUUGUGAGAAUGAUGAUGAAUCAAUCUCUGAGGGUAAGGAAGGGGUUGAAUCUGAUCAUUGCAAAGAAAAGACUGAUUCUCCGCCAGCACUUCCAUUUCCUCAUGCCAUGACUAAACAGAGGAAAGUCAAUCACAACUCUGAAAUCUUUGAAACUUUCAAACAGGUAAGGAUCAAUAUACCUUUGCUGGAUGCUAUCAAACAGGUUCCUUCUUAUGCCAAAUUUUUGAAAGAUCUGUGCACUGUGAAGAGAAAACUGAAUGUGAAAAAGAAAGCCUUUUUAGCCGAACAAGUAAGUGCCAUUCUUCAAAACAAUAAUGCUUUGAAAUAUAAAGACCCUGGUUGUCCUACAAUUUCUUGCUUUAUUGGAGAACAUAAAAUUGAAAGAGCCUUACUUGAUCUUGGAGCUAGUGUGAAUUUACUUCCAUAUUCAGUUUUUCAAAGUCUCAAUCUAGGUGAGUGUUUUUUGACUGGGAUCGGGAAGUUGAAAUUGGUGUUGGCGAUUUGGGAUGAAAUGGAUGGAGUGUUAUAUCUUUGGAAUUGGCCUUUCUUGCUCUUAUAG